AUGGCUCCUGAAUUGGUAUCUCCCAAAGAUGUAGUUCCCUCUUCUUCUGUUGUAGAAGAUUUCAGCAGACCUGAAUCACAAACUAAAAAGGUUGAUGAUGGAAACAUUAAAUCUGUAUCUGAUCCUUCUUCUAUCUCCGUUGCAACAAAAACUGUAAACCACCAAGUGCCAAUAGUUAACAGUGGUGUGCCAAUGAACAGUCACUUUGAUUCUGGGAACGAGUCUGUGGAAUCUGAAGCAACUGUGAAUCUUAAGGCAAUUGUUGAUCGUGCCCCAUCUGUCCCAAAUGUUGCUGCACAGAGGUACAUUGCUGACAUCAAUGGGAUGAUUGAUACUAAAAGUAUCUAUUUUUCUAUUGUUGUGCGUGUUAUGACACUAUGGAAGGGUAACAAAAUCCAAGCUACCAUACAUGGUCGAUAUGUAAAAGAUUUUGUGGAUUUCUUCAGAGAAGGUUGUGUAAGGAAGUUGUCACGUUUCGAUCAUGCUUUGAACAUAAGUGGUGGAUUCCGAUGUGCUCAACAUGAAUACAAAAUUCUAUUUGAAUCAAAGACAUUAGUUGAAUCUGUCAUUGAUCUUGACAUUGACAUACCUUUUCAUGUUUUCGAGUUUAUGCCAUUUGCAGAAGUCACAAAUUUUAUCGCUAACUUUGAUUAUUGUUUUGAUCUGAUAGGACACCUUAUUGCAUAUAGUGAUCCUAUUGUUGACUACGGCAAAAAGAGAAUUUUUGUUGAACUUGAAGAUGAAAGGGCUGACAGGCUUAAGGUAACUCUUUGGGGUGAACAUGUUGACAGAGUUAUUGACUACAUGUGUACAAAUCCUUCUUAUCCUGUUGUGCUAAUUGUUCAAUAUGUGAAAUGCAAGAAGUAUUACUGUAAGUAA